UUUAUUUUAUAAAAUUAUAUAUUAAUAAAAAAUAUAUGUAAUUUUGAUUUCUUAUUUAUCAUAUAAUGUAUCAGAUGUUUAGAAUAUCUUAAUUUAUCUUUAAUUAUCAAUAAAAAAGUAUUAUAGAAUAUUAUCUUAAUUUAUGAUUGAAAAAUGUACAUAUAAUAAUCUUAUCAAUAAUAAAUAGCAUAUAAAAGUGAUAUAAAACAAAAGAUAUAAGUAGAUAUUGCUGUGCAACAUUGAAGGAAUUUGAUACAACUAUGUGUAUUUUAUUUAUUUACCGUAAUCCUAAUGCUAAUUCUGAAUCAUAUCGAUUGAUUUUGGUUGCAAAUCGUGAUGAAUAUUUUAAACGUGCAGCAUUACCAGCUCAUUAUUGGAAAAAUCAUCCAGUAUGUUUAGGAGGUAUUGAUAUGGAAUCUGGAAAAGAAGGUGGAACUUGGUUAGGAGUAUCAUUAACAGGAAAAGCUGGUGUUGUUUUAAAUUUAUCUAGUUUAGAGAAAAGUUCAACAAAUAUACCAAAACAAGGACGAGGAUUUUUAAUAUCUAAUUUUAUUAUAUCAAAAGAUUCUGCAACUUCAUAUUUAGACCAAUUACACAAGAAAAAUAAAGAAGUUCAAUAUAAUCCUUUUCUUUUGGUUUUACUAAAUUUACAAAAUGCUGAUGUUAAAUAUCUUAGUAAUUCUCAAACUUCAAAAGGACCUACUUCAGCAGAAGAUAAUAUUCUAGGUUUUAGUAAUGGCUUUGGUGUUUUAUAUAAAAAAGUUGAAGCAGGAAAAGAAAUUUUCAAAAAUAUUAUUAAAAAUGUUAAGGUAUCAAAACAGACGAUACUUAUUGAAGAACUCUUGACAUUUAUGAAAUCAAAAAAAAGAUAUUUACCAGAUGCAGAAUUGCAAAAAUCUUAUCCUACUAGAUAUAAAGAAUAUAGUUCAAUUUUUGUAUCAACUGAUUGGGGAUAUUGUACAAGAACUCAUUCUAUAUUGCUGGUUAAUGGAAAUAAUGAAAUAACAUUUAUUGAAGAAACACUUAUGCCAGAUUUAACAUGGAAACGACAAAUAUUUAAUAACAAAUUAAUGUGAAAAUUGAUAGCAAUGAUAAAAAUAAAUUUAAAUAGUAUUUAU